AGGACCGCAUCAUUUAAUUACUCAGGACAACAUCUGCAAAGGCAACGCGGAACCUGGGUCCUUCCGUUCGUUGCUGGCUAGCUUUUGUUGCUUUCAUGGCUGAGCGUGGUUAAGCACACAGCUGGCAUGUGGCCAAUUGAUCAACUCUCACGAUGCCUUACAUUGGUAUGCUAGGCUCAUGCCAAGUUUUCUGGCUCAAAGAUGCCACUUUUCGCGGACUGAUGCAACCUGCUGCGGAGGAGAAAACUUAUGCUGUUGGGAUUGACCUUGGCACUACGUACUCCUGCGUUGGAGUUUACAAAGAUGCCGAGGUCCAGAUAAUCGCAAAUGACCAGGGUAAUCGAACAACACCAUCAUAUGUCGCAUGGAAGGAUGAAGAGAGACUUCUAGGAGACUCGGCAAAGAAUCAGGUGGCAAGCAACCCGACCAACACGGUGUUUGAUGCCAAACGACUCAUCGGUCGGCGCUUUGAUGAUCCAAUCGUGCAGGCGGACUUGAAGCUUUGGCCCUUCAAGGUGGUCUCAGAUGGCUCGAAGGAUGACAAGCCGCUCAUUGAAAUUCUCUACCAGGACGUGGUGAAGAAGUUCCACCCAGAGGAGAUCUCCUCUAUGAUCCUUACCAAGAUGAAACAGACGGCCGAGGCGUACCUCGGCCAACGCGUGCGGGAGGCCGUCAUUACGGUGCCCGCCUACUUCAACGACUCCCAGCGCCAGGCGACAAAGGACGCCGGCGAGAUCGCUGGAUUGCGGGUCCUGAGAAUUGUCAACGAGCCGACCGCUGCAGCGAUCGCAUAUGGCCUGGACAAGUCAGGGAAGGAGGAGAUACACAUCUUGGUCUUUGACAUGGGCGGUGGGACCUUUGAUGUGUCCGUUUUGACCAUUCAAGAUUCGGUUUUUGAGGUCAAAGCUACUGCUGGAGACCCGCAUUUAGGUGGCGAGGAUUUCGACAAUCGAAUACUCAGCCAUUGUAUUUCAGACUUUCGGAGGAAGCACUCAUCAGAUCCAACUCGCAACCAGCGCGCGCUGCGCCGACUGCGGACCCAGUGCGAACGAGCCAAGCGCCUGCUCUCCACCCAGACCUCUGUCACAAUUGAAGUGGACGCUUUGCAUGAAGGAAUAGACUACAGCAUUCGAGUGUCCAGGGCAAAGUUUGAAGAACUUUGCUUGGAUUACUUCAAGAAAGCCAUGGAGCCAGUUGAGCAAUGCCUCAAAGACAGCAACUUGCCGCAAAAGUCCAUCUCUGAUAUUGUCAUGGUUGGAGGCUCCACUCGCAUCCCCAAAGUGCAGGAGCUGAUCAGGGCCCAUUUCGGUGGCAAGGAGCUGUGCAAAAGCAUCAACCCCGACGAGGCUGUCGCCUAUGGAGCUGCCGUGCAGGCAGCCAUCGUCUCUGGGCAGGGCUGUGAGGAGGUGCAGAACAUGUUGCUGCUGGACGUUGCGCCUCUAUCGUUGGGCAUCGAGACUGCUGGCGGCAUGAUGCAGGUGUUGAUUGAGCGGAACUCCACAGUGCCCACGAGCAAGAGCCAGGACUUCACAACUUUCGAGGAUUAUCAGGAUCAUGUCGACAUUGCUGUCUACGAGGGCGAGCGCGCAAUGGUGAAAGACAACAACUUCCUGGGCAAGUUCACCUUAAAAGACAUGCCAAAGUCACUGAGAGGAGUUCCAAAGAUCCAAGUCACCUUCACGAUAGACACAAACGGAAUCCUUCAAGUGAGCGCAGAAGAUGCCAAGUCACACAAGAAGAGCGAGAUUCAAAUUUCCAACGAGAAGGGCCGCUUAACACAGCACGACAUCCAGAAGAUGCUGCAGGAGGCAGAGAAGUACAAAGGAGAGGAUGAGAUCAGCAAGAGUGACAUGCUGGCCAAGGAGGAGCUGAAGGUCUACAUGCAGCGUUUUGAGAAAGGCAUUCAGGACUUUGACACUGCCAAGCUCCAGGAACAAGACAAGGAGCGGCUCGAGGGCAAGUUGAAGGAUGCCCAGCGCUGGUUGGAGAAUGAGGGCCUCAAGGCUGGGAAGCCGGAAUUUGAGGCAAAGCAGAAGGAGCUGCAGGCAGUGAUGAACACAGUUAUGCUGAAAAUCAACAGGGCCCAGCACGAAUUCUGGGACCAGCAAGUGGUCCACCACGAGGGGGAGAAGACCAUCGAGAAGGGUGGUUUCAUCCUGCAGUGCGGGGUAGACAUCCGGGAUCUCAUCGAAGACCCCCAGUGAGUCGACCAUGUCAAGCGGCUUCAUGCAACUGAUGGACAGCGAUUCCGACCAGCCCCAAGCCGACCAGCCCCGGCGACCCCGACAAGGCCCAGCCGUGCGUGACAUUGCCCGGCCUCGCAAAAAGAACGGGAAAAACAGGCUGGCUGCAGGCUGCGGGCUGCGGGCUUCCUCAAACGAUUGCAGCGACGCGAGA